AUGGACCUGAGCGCGGCCGCCGCGCUGUGCCUCUGGCUGCUGAGCGCCUGCCGCCCCCGCGACGGGCUAGAAGCAGCCGCCGUGCUGCGGGCGGCGGGGGCAGGGCCGGCCGAAAGUCCUGGGGGCGGCGGCGGCGGCGGCGGGACAACCCUCGCCGCGGCUGCGGGCGCCUCCGCUGCCCCGGCCGCCGCGUCUCCCGGGCCCCGCGGUGCGCGCCGCGCCACGGGCUCCGGCUUCAGGAACGGCUCGGUGGUGCCGCACCAGUUCAUGAUGUCGCUUUACAGGAGCCUGGCCGGGAGGACUCCGGCCGGGCCAGUCGCCGCCUCCACCUCGGGAUCUGGCCGCCACGGCCGCGCGGACACAGUCACCGGCUUCGCGGACCAGGCGACCCCAGACGAAUCGGCAGCCGAGACGGGCCUGAACUUCCUGUUCGACGUGUCCAGCCUUCCCGACGCAGACGAGGUGUUGGGCGCGGAGCUGCGCGUGCUGCGCCGCGAGUCCGGGGCGCGGGGCCCCGGCAGCGCGAGUCUCCCGUUGCUGCUGCUGUCCACGUGCCCCAACGCCGCGCGCGCCCCGCGCCUGCUGCACUCCCGGGCCGCCGAGUCCCUGGACACUGCGCGCUGGGAGGUGUUCGACGUGGCAGACGCCUUACGGCGCCACCGCCGGGAACCGCGCCCCAGCCGCGCGUUCUGCCUCUCGCUGCGUGGAGUGGUGGGUUCGGCGCGGGUCCCGCUGGCACUGCGGCUGCUGGGCUUCGGUUUGCGGGGCGGCGGCGGCGGCGCGGCGGCGGAGGAACGCGCGCUGCUGGUGGUCUCCUCCCGCACGCAGAGGAAGGAGAGCCUGUUCCGAGAGAUACGCUCCCAGGCGCGCGCGCUCGGGGCCGCGCGGGCCGCGGAGUCGCGGCCGGAUCCGGGACCCGGCGUGGGCUCGCCGACCGCGGUCAUCGGCGGGCGCAGGCGGCGGCGGACGGCGUUGGCCGGGGCGCGGGCAGCUCAGGGCAGCGGCGGGGGCGCGGGCCGGGGCCACGGGCGCAGGGUCCGGAGCCGCUGUAGCCGCAAGCCCUUGCACGUGGACUUCAAGGAGCUGGGUUGGGACGACUGGAUCAUCGCGCCCCUGGACUACGAGGCAUACCACUGCGAGGGCGUGUGCGACUUCCCGCUGCGCUCGCACCUUGAGCCCACCAACCACGCCAUCAUUCAGACGCUGCUGAACUCCAUGGCCCCGGAUGCGGCGCCAGCCUCCUGCUGCGUGCCCGCGCGCCUCAGCCCGAUCAGCAUCCUCUACAUCGACGCCGCCAACAACGUGGUCUACAAGCAGUACGAGGACAUGGUGGUGGAGGCGUGCGGCUGCAGGUAGCAUGCGGGCCGGCUGGGCCAGGGCGGGCGCAGCCGCGCCACCCAGGGACUCCCCGCUGAAAAGCAGCUUGGGGCAGAGCCUGUCGCCUCGCGGGGGUGCGCGUCCGAGUCUGGCCCGGCGCCCUCGCGGAGGAGGGAGCGCGCACGUUCACGUACCAGCAUGCACAGCCGCACACUCCUCACUCGUGCACAUGUGCACGGUGGACGCAUCGGAAGGCCUUGGGAAGAGAGGAUCUGACGCUACCGAAUGUCACAGGUCAUGUGUAUUUUGCAAAUAGAUAUCUAUUUUUGCGCCCACUGCCCCCUUUUGGGGAGAGAGGGGGUGCGUUUCCGUGACAGUAACUGGCACUAAAUCGAGUAGAAUCAGGUUAGGGAAUUGGGGGCUUCAGAGUAGGGGGAACUAACGGGAUACUCGAGUAAGUCUCAUUUCACCCCCUUUUUGUUUCUGGCCAAGUGUGGGGCACAGCUGGCUGGGAGGGAGGGGGCAGAGUUCCCGGUGUUGCUCCUGGGGCAACACCCCAGGAGGUUUUUCUUAGGAGCUGGGAGGAGGCUUCUAGGGUUGGAAAGAGGCACAGAGGUGGGUGGGGUGGGCAGGCUCCUGCCAAGGACGGAGGACUGGGGCUUGUCUGCCAGGUAAUGCCCUUUCUGAAAGUUUGCGUUGUAUCUGCAUCCGCGUCAUUAACUCUGGAGAGGAACCGCUGCAAAAGGCCUCAUCUUUUUCCUUUAACUUCCAAAAGUCUAACAUUUCCUAGUUUUGAAAGGGGAGUUUGUCGGAAAGACUGCAUUGUGGAGCUUCCCAGAUCUCUGCAAAGGUCAGCACCAGUUUUUUUGUUUGUUUGUUUUUUGUUUUAAUCAAUUCAAAUUGGGAAUUAUCUGGAAAGUGGAAAAAACAAUUUAGGAGCGGAUAAGUGAGAUGGGGGAUAGGCUUUUAACUGUGGGACUGAUCUGACUUGUCAUGGGGUAGAGUGGUGUCUUCCAGGUCCUGCAGCUCCUAAGCUGGGUAGACCAAGGUGGUCCUAGGGCCUUGGGGGGACGCAGGAGGAAGCUGGUGCAAUGUCUGGGGAUUGGGAAAGGGGGUUGCUAUGACUUUCCCCAAAGACCUGCCAGGAGGUUUUUCUAAGGAGCUGGGAGGAGGCUUCUAGGGUUGGAAAGAGGCACAGAGGUGGGUGGGGUGGGCAGGCUCCUGCCAAGGACGGAGGACUGGGGCUUGUCUGCCAGGUAGGCACAGCCCCCUCCAAAUGGCACCCUCCGAGUGGCCCACAUGUGCUUGUGCUUAGCUAUCAAGUCUGUGUCGGCUUUUGCACGCUUUCACUGUGUUGUUGCUGUAGUUUUUGGCAGUGUGAUAGUAACGGGAAGUGAAGCCACACAAAAGUGCUUUUGUGAGAUUUCAGUUCCCCACAGCCCAGUGGUUCGGAGCAGGAGGAAGGUCGGUCCCUCCCCUCCUUGCUCCGUGGAGAGGCAUCUGCAGUUUCGCUGCUGUGGUCCCUUCAGAAGGACCGUGGUGUGGGGGCCAGAAGUGGAAGACUAUCCCCAGUCUCUCUGUUUUGCCUCAAGAAGUCUUGCUGAUAGUAGGAUUGUCUGUCCCUGUAAAAGGGAGGCAGAACAUGCCAGCCUUCAUUGUUUUAUUUGGUUGAUUUCUGCCUGGGGGCCCUCUGUGGCCUGUGUAAAUGAUUGGGAGAAGGGAAAGAAACA